AUGAAAGAGAAAUCCAAAAACGCUGCCCGUACUCGUCGGGAAAAGGAAAACUGCGAGUUUUAUGAGCUGGCCAAGCUGCUGCCGCUGCCCUCUGCCAUCACAUCCCAGCUGGACAAGGCGUCGAUCAUCCGACUCACUACCAGUUACCUGAAGAUGAGAGUCGUCUUCCCCGAAGGUUUGGGGGAGUCCUGCGGUAAAGUGGGCCACAGCUCUGCGGACGGGGUCACUCAGGAAUUGGGAUCUCACCUUUUACAGACUUUAGAUGGCUUCAUCUUUGUAGUCGCUCCUGACGGGAAGAUCAUGUACAUCUCAGAGACAGCUUCAGUGCACCUGGGCCUGUCACAGGUUGAGCUGACAGGAAACAGUAUCUAUGAAUACAUCCACCCAGCAGACCAUGAUGAGAUGACAGCUGUCCUGACCCCACACCAGCCGUAUCACUCACACCUUGUUCAAGAGUAUGAAAUGGAACGCUCGUUCUUUCUCAGGAUGAAAUGCGUCCUGGCGAAAAGAAAUGCUGGUCUUACCUGUGGAGGAUACAAGGUCAUUCACUACAGCGGCUACCUGAAGAUUCGUCAGUACAGUCUAGACAGGUCGCCAUUUGAUGGCUGCUAUCAAAAUGUUGGACUGGUGGCUGUUGGUCACUCACUGCCCCCUAGUGUCAUCACUGAGGUCAAACUGCACAGUAACAUGUUCAUGUUCAGAGCCACUCUUGAUAUGAAGCUGAUCUUCCUCGAUUCACAGGUGGCAGAACUGACUGGCUACGAGCCUCAAGAUCUCAUUGAAAAGACUCUUUAUCAUCAUGUCCACACCUGUGACUCUUUCCACCUGCGUUGUGCUCAUCACUUAUUGCUGGUUAAAGGCCAAGUGAUCACCAAGUACUACCGUUUCCUUGCCAAACGCGGGGGCUGGGUUUGGGUCCAAAGCUAUGCUACCAUCGUACACAACAGCCGGUCAUCUCGGCCACACUGCAUUGUCAGUGUCAACUAUGUUCUCACGGAGGCAGAGCAUAAAGGGCUCCAGCUGUCUGUGGACCAGGUCAUAUCAAAGCCGGUCUUUCCCUCCAGCAACAGCUCGGCCAGCAGCCUUGCAGAAACCAGCAGGGCCUCCAAAAGCAGACUGAACCGAUCUAAGCACAAAUCCAGAUUGUCACCAUACACGCAGUAUUCAACUUUCCAGGCAGAGCGGUCUGAGUCACAUCAGGACAGCCCCUGGGGAGACAGGCUGCUGACUGACUCCUACUCUCCUCAUGUGCUGGAGCAUAGUGAGGGCCUGGAAGCUUUGCGUGUGUUCGGACAGCUGACCGAUCCACUCAAACUCUACAGUAUGCCAGAGGAACCUCACCACAGAGACAUACGCUUUCAUGGUCCUGCUCAUAGCUGUGAGCACGAUGCACGAUGUGAGGCAGGGCGCUAUUUCCUCGGAGCCCUUUCAACCAGCAGGGACUCGUGGUGGGGAUCAACCCACUCCAUCCUGCCUAUGGGCAAGUUUUCCCUGGAUACUGAUGAGGAGAGUGACAGCAGCAUGCUGCAGAUCACCACUGUCCACAGUACUCAUGGCAGCUGCCACUGGGAAGAGGACAGUGUGGUCAGCUCACCAGAUGCCAGCUCAGCCAGUGACUCGGGGGAUCGAUGCCGAGGCAAGCAGGUCUUAGUCAGCCCAGCAGAUCAUCGCAAAAGCGAGGCGCUCAUUCCAGCCACCCAGCAUGUUGGCAAGGAGGAUUGUCGACUCCAUUUACAGAGGGCUACUACAGACUCACUGGCUUCCACCAAUAUGCUACCCAAGGCUUCUGGCUUGAUUUGCUCCACACAGUACUCUUGUGGAUCUAUCCAGACUGUUAUGUGUAAAGGUUUCAGUAAAGUGAUCAGUCCUUCUCCAAGUCUGACUCCCUCAUCCAGACUCGGAAGUCCAGACUCUAAACCAAGAGACUAUGUACAUGCAGAGCUGUCAUCUUUGUCUUUGCCAUUACACCACCCAUUUGGUCCAGCUGGCUCCAACAUAGGUUCUCCCCUCUACCACUCACACUCUCGACCGUACUUGGACAAACAUGCAGCAUACUCCUUAACGGGCUACAAUCUCAAGAACCUGUACAACCCAGAGAACCUCCGUAGCUAUUGUGCUAGCACAGAUCCCACCCACUAUGAGGUGACCCAUCACCUCCACAUACCACCAGAGCAGACCCCUGGACACAAAGGCACUUCUGUCAUUAUCGCUAAAGGCAGCUAA